AGGAAAAAGAAGAAAACGUUUACUAUUUACUGAGGAACUGGCAUUGGUUUCGUAGAAGCAAUUUUAAAAAUCAAAAUACACAUUACUUCUCGUCAAACAGAACAGCGUAAAGGUGACUAGCUGCGAAGCUGUCUUCGUAAAGUGGCGAGAGUUAAAGCUGUAAGGUGCUGAACUGAUCAACCUGACUACGCACAGUAACUGUAAUCUGCGGAAGAGAAAUCUAGUCCCUAGAGCUGGGAUCUUGGAUGGAGUGAGUGUUGAGCCCCAGUGAGAUGACUGACCAGGGCAACAACAACCAGAACAUCUCCCGCAACCCCUUUGCUGCCCUCUUCAGCUCACUGGCUGAUGCCAAACAGUUUGCAUCAGGCCAGAAACCUCAACAGCUUUCUACUCAACCACCACUGGAGGAUUCGGGUGAGAGCCAGUCGGAGUCAGAAAACUCAGUUUCAGACAGCGUUGAUGACAAUGACGACUCCGUGGCAGAGAUUAGCCGCUCCUUCCGGUCCCGGCAGGAGCUGUGCGAGCAGCUCAAUGUCAAUCACAUGAUCCAGCGAAUAUUUCUCAUCACUCUGGACAACAGUGACCCUAGUCUGAGAGGAGGUAAUGGGAUCCCUCCUCGGUGUGUUUACCUGGAGGAGAUGGCUGCAGAUCUAGAUGGGCAGGACUGGCUGGACAUGGACAACAUAGAACAGGCUCUUUUUAACCGUCUGCUGCUGCUAGAGCCGGGAAACCAGCUCAUCUAUAUGACGUCAUGCAGUGCUGUUAACCUGUCUGCUGACCGGGAUGCUGGAGAGAAAUGUGCCAUCCCUUACCUUUUUGCUUGUUAUCAGAGGGCUAAGGAAGAGAUCACAAAGGUACCAGAGAAGUUACUUUCGUUUGCUGUUCGCUGUAAGAAUCUGACCGUUUCUAACACACGAACAGUCCUGCUCACACCAGAGAUCUACAUCAGCCAGAAUGUCUACGAACAACUUCUGGACCUGCUGCUGGAAAGCUUCAAUGGAGCACAUCCAGAGGAAGUGGUUGAAUUUGUGGAGGAGGUCAUUGCUGGCCUGCUGUCUGAUCAGGAGGUGCGGACUUUUGAGGAGGUUAUAGUACCGGUGUUCGACAUCUUCCAGGGACGUGUCAAGGACUUGGACCUGUGCCAGCCUCUUCUCUACUCCUACCUGGAUGUUCUCCUCUAUUUCAGCCACCAUAAAGAUAUUGCCAAGGUACUCGUUGAACACAUCCAGCCCAAAGACCCAGCUAAUGGUUUGCAGUACCAGAAGAGCCUGCUGGGGACAGUAUUCAAUAUAUCCUGCUUGCUGAAAACCCCAGGUGUGGUAGAAGGGCACGGCUACUUCUUGAACCCUUCCCGCUCCAGCGCCCAGGAAACAAAGGUCCAAGAGGCCAACAUCCACCAGUUUAUGGGCCAGUUUCAUGACAAGCUGCACCAAAUCUUGAAAAACUUACUCCAGCGGUCUGGUGAGACCCGCCACUUGCUGCUCACCUGGUUGGGCAGCUGCCUGCAAGCUAAUGCUGGCCGAGCCAAGAUCUGGGCCAAUCAGAUGCCGGAGAUCUUCUUUCAGAUGUACGCCUCAGAUGCAUUUUUCUUGAACUUGGGUGCAGCUCUGCUGAAGCUGUGCCAGCCCUUCUGCAGGCCACGUUCACCUAAACUGCUCACCUUCAACCCAACCUACUGCGCACUCAAAGAGCUGAGUGAGGAAGAGAGGAGGAAUCGCAAUGUGCACGCAAGAGGUCUUGACAAGGAGACCUGCCUGAUCCCUGUGCCUCCCCAGCAGCCGAUGGAGUCGGCGCAGUCCUACAGCCUUCUGACUGAAAACCUCAUCCUCACACAACUCACCCAGCAUCUAGGCUUUCACAGACUCCAUGAGCAGAUGGUGAAGAUGAGCCAGUCUCUCCACCGGCUCCAGGUGACGUGGCAGGAGGCCCAGCGAACAGGCAGCCCAAUGUCGGAGCAGCUCCUGGAGCAGUUUGAGCGUCUGAUGAUUGUCUAUCUCUCAACCAAAGCUGCCACUACACAGCCUGCCAUGCUGCAAUGUUGCCUUAACCUACAAGCUUCCACUGCUGCUCUGCUCGUUCAGCUCAGUAUGGGGAACCAGGGGCCUGAACAUGUAGCACUCAGUUUUCCCCUGCCCUCCCUGCAGAACACGAUGCUCUGCUAUGUACCUGAGUUUUUUACAGAAAAUUUGGGAGAUUUUUUCAUCUUCCUUCGUCGGUUUGCAGAAGACAUCCUGGAGACUUCUGCAGAAAGUCUAGAGCAGAUUCUAAACUUCAUUACUGUCUUCAUGGGUAACGUAGAGAGGAUGAAGAACCCUCAUUUAAGAGCAAAGCUUGCCGAGGUUUUGGAGGCAGUGAUGCCCCACAUGGAGCCGGUGGCCCCUGGUGCUGCUCAGCCAAUCGUGUUCCAGAGAGAAAGAGUUUUCUGCUCCUAUAGACACGCACCCCAGCUGGCUGAGGCCCUCAUUACUGUGUUUGUAGACAUUGAAUUCACAGGUGAUCCUCAUCAGUUUGAACAGAAAUUCAACUACAGAAGGCCUAUGUAUCCAGCUCUUAAAUACAUGUGGGGAAAAGACAACUACAGAGAGAGCAUCAAGCAUUUGGCCAACUAUGCAUCUGAAAACCUGGAGGCCAUGAACCCCCCUCUUUUCCUCAGGUUCCUCAACUUACUGAUGAAUGAUGCCAUCUUCCUAUUGGAUGAGGCCAUUCAGUACCUGAGUAAAAUCAAGAUUCUGCAGCUGGAGAGGGAUCGAGGGGACUGGGAAGGCCUGGCCCCUGAUGCCAGAAGAGAGAAAGAGUCCAGCCUGCAGAUGUUUGGACAGCUGGGGCGCUUCCACAACAUCAUGUCCAAUGAGACCAUCGGCACACUGGCCUUCCUCACCUCAGAAAUUAAGGGUAUCUUUGUGCACCCAUUCCUGGCUGAGAGGAUCAUCUCCAUGCUUAACUACUUCCUGCAGCACCUGGCGGGUCCUAAAAUGGGCGCUCUUAAAGUCAAGGACUUCAGUGAGUUUGACUUCAAACCUCAGCAGCUUGUUUCUGACAUCUGCACAAUCUACCUAAACCUGGGCGAUGAGGAGAAUUUCUGUGCCACUGUCCCAAAGGAUGGGCGAUCGUAUUCUCCUACUCUUUUCUCCCAGACCAUUAGAGUAUUGAAAAAGAUCAACAAGCCUGGGGAUAUGAUUGUAGCUUUCGGACUCCUCGCUGAUAAAAUAAAGUCUCAUGCAGACAGACAGCAGCAGGAAGAGGAGACAUAUGCAGAUGCUCCAGAUGAAUUCUUGGAUCCCAUCAUGUCCACCCUGAUGCUGGACCCUGUUCUUCUCCCCUCUUCCAAUGUAACAGUAGACCGCUCAACUAUAGCAAGACACCUUCUCAGUGACCAGACAGACCCCUUCAACCGCAGUCCUCUGACAAUGGACCAAAUCAGGCCAAAUGAGGAACUCAAACAGCAGAUCUUACAGUGGCUGGAGAAGCAUAGGCAAGAAAAGCUUCAGUUGGGGCCCAGCGGCUAGCCCUGAUCUCACUGUGACAAACAGCGUUGCUACACGCUGUUGUUUUUCUUUCCUGGCCGCACUUGCUCCUUUGCUUCAUGGCAGAUCCACGGUGUGCUUAUUUCUUUGGAUUUAUUCUGACUCCUCCAGUCCAGCUGACACUGCAUUAGCCUUUCCCUGCAGCUUCCAUUCUUAAUAAAUCGUCGCUGUGACAACAGUCCUGGCAAACUGUAGCCCACCUGCUGGUAACAACUUCAAAAUCCAUACACGGUGGCUGUUUUUCCUCCCGUGAUGCUCUAUUGUAAACACUAGCAGAGUGAUACAUCCUUGGGUACUGUAUUAAUGAGUUAAUAUAGUCAGAAAUAUCUGUUCAGCAGCACUUUAAUGUACUGUACAUACUCCUGUCCAACCACCUGGCCCUUUAUACCGGAAGGUAAGUAUUUUUGUCAUAUUAUCUAACUUCACUUUCAUAAAGAGUAUUUCACACACUGCCUUUCAAAGUGCUUUAACACCCCGUAUGUUUGCACUCUUGGGUUCAAUCGCAACUUGUAAAUAGCAUUAAAAGUGAGGCAUAGCUGAGUCUGAAUUUAA